GUCAUUCACUCAGGGCGAUUGACAGGACAAAGAUAGGAGAAGAGAGAAAGAAGCAUGGCUCCUGAAGAAAAACCAAAGGAGAAGCCAGCUCAAAGAGCGAUAAAGAAGAUCCGGACAGCCUCUCUAGUUAUAAGUCUAGCUCGAGGCUGGCAGCAGUGGGCCAAUGAGAAUAGUACAAGGCAAGCCCAAGAACCUCCAGGGUGGCUGCCUGGUGGGGCUAAGGAGCCAGGUGAGUCACCCAAAGAGAACAAGAAUACAAAACCAUUAGGGUCCCUCCAGGAAAAACAAAGUAUAGGAGGAGGUCAGAGGUGCCUGUUGGCAAAGCCAUUUUCAAAUGGAGACAGGGAGUGUUUAAACAACCUAGCUGAUGAUGAACCUGGGGAGACCCACAUUAAAAGGAAGGAGGUAACCAAAACAGUGGUCAACAAAGUCUAUGAGAGAGGAGGGGACAUGAGCCUUCUCAGCUGCAGAUACGAGAACGAUGGGACCAACUCUGAAUCCUGGCAGGAAGGAAAAGACUUGGAUGACAUUGACAAGAUCCUGAAUAGCCAUACUUCUCCAACCAGGAGGAGGAAGUGCUUGAACCUGGUCUCAGAACUGACCAAAGGCUGGAAAGAAAUAGAGCAAGAGGAACCUUCUAGUCGAAGUGAUAGCAUAGACACUGAGGACAGUGGAUAUGGAGGGGAUUCUGAAGAUCGGCUAGAGCAGGAAGUCAACAAGCAGGAAGGAGACCACGUGACUGCAGCCAGGAUUAAACGACCCAUGCCUUCCCAGGCAAGCCGGUUUGCAGAGAACCUCAGCAGCAAGGCCCAGAGGAGAUACAGCCAAGUGAACAGCAUGAGGGGGAGAUGGCAAAAAUGGGCUGAUGAGCAUCUGCAGUCGCAAAAGCUGAAUCCCUUUAGCGAAGAGUUUGAUCAUGAGCUGGCCAUGUCCACCCGUCUGCACAAAGGGGACGAGGGCUACGGACGCCCCAAAGAGGGAACAAAAACUGCUGAACGGGCCAAGAGAGCAGAAGAACACAUCUACCGGGAAAUCAUGGAUUUAUGCUUUAUCAUCCGAACCAUGGCCCGCCAUAGACAGGAUGGCAAAAUCCAAGUUACUUUUGGGGAACUCUUUGACAGAUAUGUACGGAUUUCUGAUAAGGUGGUGGGCAUUCUUAUGAGAGCCAGGAAACAUGGACUAGUUCACUUUGAAGGAGAAAUGCUAUGGCAAGGCCGAGAUGAUGAUGUGGUGAUUACACUCUUGGCAUGAUCUUAUAGCCAUAUGAGUGAAUCACAGGAUCCAUCUUAUCUUGAUAUUAACUACAAAUGGAGGAGAGAUGUAAAUGCAAGCUACUGAGUAUCAGACUUGCAAAUAUUAGAUUAUUUAUUUUCACAACUUUGUGGUAAUUUGGAUCCACUUUCAUCUAGGAGAAAUCUUGGGACAUUUGAGAAAAUAGACACAAAUGGUUAAUAUUAUUUAAUAAUGCCACUUAUAUUUGAAUGGCUAUUUUUAUCCAAAUGGCAUAAGCCACUUUCUGAUCUAAAACCACUGGCUGUUUAAUGCAGAAGUGUCGAUGAGUGUUAAGCAAAGGUAUAAAUAAUAAGGAUUAAGAAUACUCACAAGAGGAAAAGGCCAGGAAUGCCACAAACAAUAGCAGAAAUAGCAAGAAGACCAGUUUACAAUUCUAUCAUUCCAUCAUCUCAUUAGAUCCUCAAGAUUACUCCUCUAAGCAAGUAGUACGAAUAUCACUAUUCCAGAUGAGAAAACAGGCUCAGAGAGGUUGUGGUUCAGCCAAGCCCACACAGCUAGUACUAAUGGUAAGGUGAGACUCAGACCCAUUUUUCUGACUCCAAGUCCAACACUGUUUCUAGAACCAUAAAUUUUUGAAGUGUGUCCAUUUUUUUUUGGUACCACUGAAGGAUCUCUUGUUAAUAGUGGUUAAAAUAAACCUAAACUUGAUUUAAACUAUUUUAUGUAUAUUGUUUUCUAGGAAUUAUAGCACCCUACGGACCCUAAAGUCAUUAAAUAUGAUCCUGACAUCCUUUGGGGCUCCCAUUAUGAGCUCAGGCUGCUGGGCAAGCCUCCAGGAGUCUUGCCAUGCUCCUUCCACGUGGCCUACUCAUUGGGUGCCAUGUCUCUUGCACACUUUCCAUUAUUUGAUGUUUAGGACAACAGGGGUCAAAUACCCAACAGGGACAGGAUAAUUCCUCAAUCCAAUUCAAAAAACAUUUAUUAAGGGACUACCAUUUUCAAGGAUAAGAUAUAGCGACAAAACAGUCCCUGCCCUCAAGUUUCAUGAGUUCCCGGAGCUUAUGGCUCUAUAGAAAUAUGUGGAUCAUGAUAUGUAUUAUAAUAAUAUGUACAUAAAAAUUUGUGAAACAUCA